AAACUUCAAAGGAGCGUGGCACCGAGUGCAGUGUAUACAAACAUAAACGUAAAACCCCCCUAAUUUUGAAUCAUCAUGCUUCCUUUAACUCCAACUCCACUCGUAAUACCUUACACACUUUGCCUCCAUCACACAUUCACACUUCUUCGUAAUUCGUUAACCUCACCAACUUCAUUGCGCGUGUGCGUGUCUGAGAUCAACCCGUAGGGAAAUAUUCUAGAAGCUUCUCAAAUCGAAGUUCGUUUAUUCUUUUUCCUUCCUUCCUUUCUUCAUUCUCAUUCAUUCACCAUCUUUCUCAAUCUUCAUUUUCACGUUCUUCGAAUUAAGUGGGGGUGAUGGCUGAUGAAAAGAAAGAGACGAGUACCACUGAUGAAAAGAACGGAAAGAAGAAGCGCAAGGGGAUUAUUUCGCGAAUUUGGAACGUGAUUUUUAGGUCUGGUGGAGAUGAUUUUGAGAAGAGACUGCAAUGUAUUUCUAAAGAAGAAGCUUCAGUUACGAGUAGAAUGAGCAAGAGAUCGUGGUUCUGGAGGCGAACUUCUCGGCACCUUAUUAUAUUUUCUGUUAUAUUUGAAGUUAUUGCUGUAGGUUAUGCUAUUAUGACAACAAGAUCAAUGGAUAUGAAUUGGAAAAUGAGGGCAAUUCGAGUUUUGCCUAUGUUUCUUCUCCCUGCCUUUUCAUCUGCUGCAUAUUCGACAUUUUUCAGCUUCACAAGGAUGUGUGAUCGCAGGGACCAGAAAAUUCUUGAUAGUCUUAGAGCUGAAAGGAAGGCAAAAAUUGAUGAGCUCAAAGAGAAGACAAAUUAUUACAUUACUCAACAACUCAUUCAGAGAUAUGACACAGACCCAGCGGCUAAGGCUGCUGCUGCAACUGUUUUGGCAUCCAAGUUGGGUGCAGAUUCGGGUCUAAAAGUGUAUGUGGGAGAUGAAUCUAUAAAUGGUGCUGCAACAGGGAAGACCAAUGAAGUUGAAGUUGUGCAGUCUGGUGGACUUCGCAAUCGCAAACAAGUGUACUCUAGAGCCACUUGUCUAGGGACAACUACCCAAAAAUGUUCUGAUCAGCAAUUUGUUGGUUCUGGGGGAAUUGAUCAAUCUCAGACUUCUGAGCAUAAUCAGCUUCUAGUUGUUGAACAUCACCAACCUCAAAGUUCAACAACGCAUGAUGGAGGAUGGAUUGCUCGAAUUGCAGCAUUGCUUGUGGGUGAGGAUCCAACGCAAUCUUAUGCUCUCAUUUGCGGUAACUGCCAUAUGCAUAAUGGUCUUGCUCGGAAGGAGGAUUUCCCAUUUAUCACUUAUUACUGCCCGCAUUGUCACGCCCUGAACAAACCAAAGCAAUUGGAUGAGCGUAUAUCUGAUUUUGAUUCCCCAAAUAUGGGGUCCCCAAAAACAGAUGAUGGUGAAGCAGUUAAAAAUGCUAGUGCUUCCGCAGCUGACAGCAUAAUCAAAAGCAAUAAUCCCGUAAACGCUAGCCCUGAGAUUGAGGAAGUAUGUGAAGGGGCUAGUUUAGGGGAAGAAAGCUAGUUAAAAGGCUGCCUCAUUUUGGGAUGGGCUGUUGGAGUAACAAUGUCUUCCCCUUGCCUUAGGACAUGGACCAACUUUAAGGAGAGCGAGCAACUUUGCAAUUGGUUUCCUUGGUUCACUUUGUAACAGGA